AUGGGCCAAGUUUGCUUGGAAACGGAAGUCAUUGAACGGGAAUGUUACCGUAACAUUAUUACUUCUUUUGUGGCUGAAAAGCUGAAAUGUUUACUUUUGGACCAUGUCUGGCACAGGGAACACUAUAUUUUCCUUUUGUGCUGUUUUGAUAUUUUCAGAUGUCCCUCUGGCUUCACUUUCUUAGGAGAAAAAUGCUAUCAUGUGUCCUACGAAAAGGCCAACUGGUUCAAUGCCGAUCGCAAGUGCUACAACUUAAACUCCACCCUGGUUGUCUUCGACAAUGAAAGGGAUAUGCAGCUUCUGACAGCCACUCUUCAAGUACUGGGCCUACCAUUUUCCAACAGUUGGAAAGACUCGAUUUCGAUAGGUCUUUUAUCCCUGGGAAUGGGUAAUAGUAGUGGCUUUGUUUAG